GACGGCCACAGGGGGCGGUGGACGCUGCUGCAGUGACAACAGUUGGUCUGCUAGCGUUAGCAGUCGGGCUCAGAGAAAGAACUAGGAAACAGGGGCCGCACAGCUAUCUAACGCUGCUGUUAGAAACAAACGAGGGGAGGCGACGAUUUAGGAAACACAUCACUUAUUGAUUCAAGGAGCAACUAAACUGCCUUUCUUUAUCCUGACAGAUCGGGAGAAAAGAGAGAAAACGCCGCUCAUAAGGUAUUGUGUUUGGUGUAUCAUGUUAUGAAUUCACAUUGGGGUGUGCAGCUAAGCUAACAGUUGGUAGAGAGUUUACUACAUUUGUUAAGGUUUGGCCGUUUUUUGUCAAAAUAAUGAAUUUCGCUUGUUCUAGACUGCAUUUAUCGCCCUGCUAUAUUCAGGCAUGGGCUCCAUAGUGCUGACGAGAGGAGCCUCUGCUGCCAGGCCUGCUAACGUUAUGCUAAGUUAGCUUGCUAACUGACGGAACAUAAUAGCUUACAACUCACAAGUAGCUGCCAUUAUGUGCUUUAUUCUUUAACCCACUUAGUAUAUAAUGGGGUGUUAAGGCAGCAAGGAAAGGCUUGUAGCUCAGUCGACAAUAAACACACUUAAACAAGUGAGCCAGCAGCAGGAGCAGCACUGUUGUUUGGUGAACAGUGAUUGAAACACUACAGGCCACGUUAGCUCGUAUGGACAGCCGCACAAACACUCACGGAUGAGUGUAUUUUUCUGCCUUUUUAAACAGAAAUAGUGAGUAGAGAUUAACAUAGAAAGCAGGUUACUGUUGUUCUAGCAUUGCGCAAAGUUGGCAGGCUUCACCAUCACAAAGCAGGCAUGGCGAACAGAGAGGGGCGGUGCUCACUGUCAGCUUCAUGCUGGGCUGCCUGCAGGGCCAAGAGCAGGCGUGCGUCCAAAGGGGUGUCCAAGAGGUGGCACGGGUCCCCUUGGAAUCUGAUUGGCCACCUCUGGUUCCACCUCAAAACCCCAAACUAUGAUUUGUCAAGUUAGAGGCAGGAGUUAUUUUGACAUCAGCUAACAGAACAGUGUUAUAUCAGGCUGCUGGUUCUUUUCUUUGCAUUAGUACUUUAAAUUAAGGAUGCCUGAUAUUGUCACUAUUAUGCUGGUACAACUACACAGAAGAGUGAUUAUUGGUGUUGACAGCUAUGCACAUUUAUACUGCUGUUGUUAUUUUACUGAAGUUAAUUGAUGUUUAUUUCUGGUAAGGCUACACAUUAAUUAUAUGUGUGCAAAGACUCUAUCGACGUAACUAAAUCAACUAAAUUCUAGUACAGAAAUGUUUGUAAAUCUUGUAAAAUUACAAAUGCAAAUUAAUCACUUAAUUACACAGUCCUAAUAGAAAUAUUGAUACUUUUUAAAUUGAUUAAUAAUUCUUCUGCGAAGGUGGGUAGUGCUAGAUCAUGCACUUGAUUAAAUACCUAUAUCUCUUAUCAGUACUGAAAUGUCAGUGCAUUUAUGUUUGAUGGUCAGUGUGUAGGCGUCUCAAGUGUUAAGGUCCUUACACACCGGGAACGACGCAAAUAUAUGACGUGAAAUUACGAAAUAUUCAGAGGUGAAUUUUGACGGGCCUGACUACACACAUCAAGCGCAAUGCAAUUGUGCGACUUUCUGGGGGGGGGAAAAGACGUGUCCUGGGUGGAAGUGAGAAGACUGACUGUUUUUCAGUUCUGAUUAGACACUAGUGUCGAGAUGGCUGUCUGUCAUAACAGCAUGUACUGAGUCGGGGCCAGUACCAGAUAAGCACAUUAAAUUAUAAACCAUAAACGUAAGGUAACAACUGAGACCUAAUGGUGCUGUGACAGCAACGCGAUUGAGUUUAAGACAGUGAAAAUACAUAUGGUAUGUUGUCUCUGAACAGGUUAACUUACGAGCUAAAGUUACUUAGCACAGAUGAAAGUUAAAACAAAGACGUUCAGCAAACUGUUAAAGCACACAAACCAUCUAUGGUCGACCAUUUCAUAUGAGAAAUCUGACACUACGACUCUCCACAAAUUGUCCUUCAGGUCAUUAUCUUUGUAAUAUUUGUGUUUUUUUAUAAAAAAGCACUCUGUUCUUAGACACGUAAACAAUCAGCCGGUCAGCCAUGUUGGAUAUACCGGCGAAUCAGACGUCACAACAACACGCAAUCUGAUUGGUCAGAAGUAGAAACACAGUAUGCUUAACUUUAGAAAAAUCGACUGUGAUGCGAAAAAAAAAGCCGCAUUAUUGACAGGAUUAUUGACACAUACUUCAUGUCACCCUAUUUGAGUCAGCCUCCCACUGCGCAAGGCUCAACGGUGCGACCUUUCACUCGCAUUUGCAACUAAAAAUAGAUGUGUACGAAUCGUAAAAUGUAUUUAGGGGCACAUGUGUCCAUAAAAAAAAUCAGCCGAGGCAACAAAUGUUUUUUCACGUAAUUACUAUGGCGAAGUUAGUUUUAGGUUGGAUAUUCGACAGACAUGCACCACUGAUCUACCCGUGUCUUCUCACUCUCCAUACCUGGGAAUAGCAACAGCAGUGCGGUUAAAUCUCCUUGGCACGCUUACUGUCAACAUUGGGUGAUGAAUAAGGGAUCAUCAAUAAAUUAUCUGUUGAUGUUCUCAGAAAAGGCUGUUUUCCUUCAAUAGCUGCCAUGUCAUGUGACCAAAAGACCUAAAAUUGAUUUAAAAAAAUAGUACUAAGGUCGGACGAUAAGACACACUCUUUAUUUCCCUAAUUUGUCCUCUAAAAAUUUUUGUGUUUAUUUAGAGGCAAAUUUUAAACAUUUUCUUCAAUAGCUUCCAUGUCAUGUGACCAAUUAACCUGAAAUUGAUUUCAAAUAGAAGUACUUAUGUCAACCAAUAAGACACACUUUAUUUGAUCAAUUUUUAUUGUGCCCCUAAAGUUUUUUAUGUGCUCCUUACUUUUUCAGCUUACGAGCACAUGUGCUCCUUCUGAAAAAAGUUAGUGUCAAGCUGUGCUGUGGCCACCUUGUUUAAAAAAAGUCCGGACACACCCCUGCUGAAAGGUUGUGGUGACAGUUUAGUGAUGACCUCAGAUUCUCUUUUAUUUGGUUUCUGGAGGCUGACCACAGUUUAAGCUCCACUUACUGUUUGUAUUAUAAGUUGAGCCUGUGUAAAACCUGCUCUAACAUGUCUUUGUAGACUCAGCCAGAGUUAGGACUUUUUAUCAUCCUGUUCCUUGCCAUACUGGGUCAGGUUGUGGCAAAGUCAAGUCCACAGGACACUGACGUGUGUUGGCCUAACAUCACUCCAGCACACGAUGCCUGAUUAGUAAAGGAGUCAUUGUGGGUGACCAGCUGAUUGUGAACCUGCCAUAUGUGUUUCCGCCCUAUUUACGUCACAGACACUGAAGCGGGUCAGGAGUACAGAGGCGGUCCCGCUGCAGCCUGUUGCCUACAUUAACAAGCAUUAGCCUGUGCAAAAGAAGGAUUUGGCCACCUGUCGAUGUUGAGGUGUGUCUAGAUUAAUAAACAUGUAGCAAGCACAUCUGAAGAGAGAGCGUGGCUCACCAGUGAACUCAGGGACAAGUUUUAUGUUUCAGCUCAGUCACACAUGACACAUCAUAUAUGAAUGGUGGACUGCACCUCCCACUUAGGUGCUGCUGGGUUUAUAUUCCUGGCCUCAGCGUUGCUUUCUAAAUGUGGACUGUCAGUCAAGACAUAAGAGGAAGAGUGUGAUCAGAGUUUAGAGGAUCCAUCUGAACUACAGGUCAGUGUUCUACUAGUUUAAAUGUCCAUCUAUUUAUAGCUAUAAAAGAUGAGUUCAUGUUUUAAUUUCAUCUUUGAAUUGUGAUGCUGGAGUUAAACUUUAAUGUGAUGUAUUUCUGUCUUGGGCUUCCUGUCAUGUUCGGUAUCUUGGUUUUGGGCUGUAGGGUAGUUUGUUAAGUGGCAUUGCCUCCUAGUUUGACCUACUCUAAGGCUGCUGUGUGUGAAUCUUGCUCUGAAAACUUUGGCUUUGGCCCCAUAAGGUGCUUGGGUGGGCCAGGGAGUUGUGCAGUUGAUAAGAGUCCUUGUUGUGUAAUGCAGUGAGAUAUGGAUGUCACAUCUGUCAGUUGCAUCUCCUGCUCUCCCGCGUGGUUACUGUUGCACGGUGUGGUUUGAACUGAGGCUGAAGGGUUGAUUUUGUCGAGACUAAAAUGGUAUGUGACCUAAAUUAGCUGAGAAAGUAUCAUGUGUUAAGUAAUGCUACAGUGUGUCGACUUGAUUUAAUUAGUCACUGUUCAGGGCGUGGGUCAAACAAAGGUCUGAGGCUCCGUCAUGGCCUAUGUCACAGCAAACGCUUUAUGAUUAAUCAUUUACUCACAUCAGUCAGAGGUUUCACUCUGUUAUACAACAGCAAAGCAUGCAUUAAAGGUCAGCUCUACAUCACUUUUUCCUUGUUCUUUAAUCUAUCGACUAUUCCCCUUUUCACAAAGCUCGAUUACCUGUAACACCAGCUGCUGGUUCCUCCCAAAACGGACUUCCAAAACAAAGCUAAGGUGCAGGUGCAUGUUAAAAAAUUAAGAUACUAUAAAAAAAUUCAAUAGUUUUCAUCAGCUAUAAAAAAAAAACGAAAAUAUGAUACACCGGUGGUUCUCAAGUCCAGCACUCGAGGCCCACUGUCCUGCAUGUUUUGGAUGUUUCCCUGCUCCAACACACCUGAUUCUAAUGAUCAGCUCGUUAUUAAGCCAUUACAGAGCUUGAUAACGAGCUAAUCAUUUGAAUCAGGUGUGUUGGAGCAGGGAAACAUCCAAAACAUGCAGGACAGUGGGCCUCGAGGACUGGACUCGAGAACCACUGUGAUACGCCAUAUACUCAUUCAAGCAUCUUAUUUUGAUUUGGAUAAUCAUACCUGACAGCCAGGGGUUCAAAUUUUAAGCUGUUUACUGAAUUAAUCUUUAGAAAUGUUAACAUAAUCGAUUUCUGGAUAUUUAUACAAAAAACUUCAAUUUUUCCUUUGAAAACAUAAUACUGACUGUGUUUUAAAUGUACAGGUAACAUGGCAGUGAUCUGUGCAGACAUAAAUAGAGUGAAACUCAAACUAUUAAAUAAGGGGUAUAUGCAUCAAGACAACUCAACAGAAAAAUAUCUCGGAUUCAGUGCACUGUUUUUUUUCCUUCCGUGUUUUCUCUACGAAAUAUAAGCAUGUUCACAUGGUCGGGUGUCAGCGUGGAGUGCAGCUAGGUCACAACCAGCGUGGUGGUUAAAAAAAAAAAAAACCCGAUUUGAUGUCACAGAUAAUGCUGGUAUGCUGAGAAACUGGUGUGCCAGCUUCGCCAGUCCAGGAAACCUUGCUGCAUUGACUUUCUUUCAGUCUGUGGGCUUUGCAUCCUUAGGUUUGAUUGUGCACUGUGAAAAGUUCCUGAUCUAUUUUCAUGCCUGUGCCUUAAGUAGCCACCGCAGAAACCAGGCAAACCACUGCAACCUCAAACAAAACCAUCAAAAUGAAACAGCAUAGGGUGCAUUUCUUAAUGGUACUUUGAAUGUGCAGAACGCCAGCUUUGCUUUAAGUGAUAGUAAACGGGAACGCGGCAGUUUGGUCCGAAAAAUAGACCCCAGUUUUGGAAACUUGCUCCACUUGACCUUUUUUGGCGAUACGCUCUGACAGCAUGACCUGUUUUUUUCUCUCAGGUUCUCCUGUUGGUUUGGAUACUCUAAAAUUAAAGUUAAAAUCAAAUGAAAAGACCCUGAACUUUAUUGAAAGGCUCUGCUUAGCUGUGCCAGGAGUUUAACAACCAGGGUUUGUGUCCGCUUGACAGGGCCACUGAUACAAAGUUAUUCUGGUGAUCAACCUAAUCCUGUGAUGAUACUUUUCUGUUCUUACCGUGUAAUCAUUGCCUAGACACCCAUUGUUAAGUAAUAGAAGACAGUUUGUUUGAUUUUUCACAGCUCCUCUUUCAUCUUCUUUUCCCUAGAGCUUGAGAGGAGGAUAAUUUAAUAUCACCUUGACUGACUUGAACUUUUUCUUUUCAUUUGUUUGCUCGAUUUUUAAUCCUAUCAGUCCCUUUUUCUCAUCCACCUCUGAUCCAGUCUUACAUUUCAAUCCUCAGGUGGACAGUCCGCUGCCUGGUCACUCGUGGUAACGCUCCGCCAUGCCUUUUCCCUUUGGCAAGUCCCACAAGUCGCCGGCGGACAUCGUCAAGAACCUUAAGGACAGCAUGACAGUGCUCGAGAAGCAUGACAUUUCCGACAAAAAGGCAGAGAAGGUAAGGAGAGCCACACUCAGAUUGAGUUGUUCUUCCUAAUCAUAUGUUUUAAAAUUUUUUCUAUAGACUUUUUUUGUGCCAUAUCACCCAGCCUUACCUGUGUGUACUAUGUGCUUGUGAUUUAGGCCACAGAGGAAGUGUCAAAAAGCCUGGUGGCCAUGAAGGAGAUCCUGUACGGCACGAAUGAGAAAGAGCCCCAAACAGAAGCAGUGGCUCAGCUGGCUCAGGAGCUCUACAACAGCGGCCUGCUCAGCACUCUGAUAGCAGAUCUGCAGCUCAUUGAUUUCGAGGUGAGACUAAAUGAGUCUUUCAUUAGAGAGAGGGAGAAGAUGAAUGAAGUGAAUGUGAUUGAAAUGGGUAGUAGUCAGAUAUUUUGGGGGUUCACCUGAGGUUUUCUCUGAAAUACAGGGCUUUCAAAGUUCUGAAUUCAGUCUGGAUCUGCAAACCUGCAUGUGUUGAUAUGUUAAUAAACUCACGUCCCCCCCUGCAAUAUGUCAGCCUGCUGCUGUGUGGUAGCUGCUGUAGCAGCCUUCUCUGACUCACACUACCACAGCAUGACUCACUGUGUUGUGUGAACUCCCUCUUCCUCUUUUACCUUCUCUCAUCCGCCCGCCCUGUUCAGAGAAAGAAGCUGGUAGACAAAGAAUGCAAGUGUGUAACAGAGAAAAAUGACGGUGGUUUCACAUGUUUGUAAACGUCAGCAGAGUGAUGUUUCAUUGGAAGCUAACUGUCAGUCAUCAGGAAUCUUUCCCGCCUGUUCUCAUCUGAAACGCUUUCAACAUAAAUAUCUCCAUAACCACUGGCAAGGUGAAAUAGUUUUAAAUUUCCAUUAGUUCUUAUUUUUAUGAUGUUUUGGCUUUUUGUCUUCAGGUUCAGUUUUGUUUCAAUAAAGUUUAAGGCUGGAUUCAAAGUUGAGAUUAGUUUCAGUUUUUAAAAAAGCUCAGUCUCAGCUCAGUUUUUGCCAUAGACUGUAUAUAGAAUGGACGCCGUCUGCCUCCUCGCUGGGUGAAGCCACUCUGAGAACAGCACCCUCUGUUGAUGGGCUGCAGUAUAGGUCAUAAAUCCUGCCUCCGCCAGCAAAGCUUAUUAGGCUGUGGACAAACUUGAGAAAUUUAUUACACACAACAUACAUUUUUCUCCCCCCGCUGCUUGUGAUGUUGACAUGUAGUUAUUGUAAGACUGGUUUGUGCUCAAGUCCUCUUUUUUUCUGUGAAGCUCUGUUUUUAAAAGUUAUUAGGGGUUCAUGUUUGCUGUGAUUGACACCUGAUACAGCCUAUGGGCGUUCAGGGAUUGUGUAGCUCACCCCGAGGAUGCGCUGUUUGAGCCUAGCGUCUUCUCAGCGACUGCGAGCCCAACUGCGCACAUCGCUACUGCGCAGCUCUGGUUUCAGGAAAUGAAGAAAAAUCCUGGAAAUACCGAGAGUUUUUUGGCUUCAAAUCCGUAUACAGGCGGGAGGCGGAACCAAUUUGUCCAUAGUAUAUACAGUCUAUGGUUUUUACUUAGUUUUAGUGUUUUGGUUUUUUGUAUCACAGGAUAUUUGGAACUUUUACUACCAUGUAGUAAAAACUGUAAACAUCAUCUUAUCUGGCUUUUGCCUUUAUAAGAGAAUACACAGCUGUGAAAUGUAACUAUAUGGUGUUCAGAUGCAGUAAUAAAUGUCAUUUAUCGGCGUGUUUUCUCUCAUUCUUUGAGCCACCAAAGAGGUAUUAGUGCCCUAGUUGGGCCACCCCAGUCAAAAAGGUCUGGACACGCCCCUGCUUGUUAAUGUUCCUCACCUUGAGUGGGGUAUUUUAAUCUCUGCUGAACAGAGGGGGCUACAGUAAAAGACAGGGACUCUGCUCACAGGUUAGAGUUAGACAGCUCGUCAGUGUGGAUUGUGCUCCGGUGUCCCCCUCCAGCCCCAACAUCAACUUAAACAAAUAUUGAGGGCACUUUGUUUGACUGAAUCCAUAGAACUGCGCCUUGAAUAUGCAUGUUGCUUCAUUGUCCAUGCAACGUAUGAACAGGGUCAUAUCUGACACAGCAGCAGCUUGAUUAACAUGUGUCAGUCUGAGUGUCAACAGUCCUUACUGAGUCGUCAUUUUUUAACCUGAUCUUUUCUCUUCUCUGUAGUGUAGCACUUUUUUUUUUAAACCAAACUUCUGCUUAAUCUGUGUGUUUAUCCACCAGGGUAAGAAAGAUGUGGCUCAGAUCUUCAACAACAUCCUGAGGCGUCAGAUUGGGACAAGGACACCCACAGUGGAAUAUCUGUGCACGCAGCAGAAUAUCCUCUUCAUGCUGCUUAAAGGGUAAGAAAGUACACCAACAUUAAAAGGUGACUUGAUCCUGGCAUUUAGAUUUUUUAAGAAUUUGUUAAUAUAUCAUCAGCUUUACCUGGUCAUGUCGUUGAAAAACAUCUCACAGCUUCUUAACAGGACAGAAAAAUGAGAGAAACUGUGUUUAGAUGAUUAGAUUUUCCAGUUUAGUUUCAGAUACUGGAGACCAAGCAAACAAAAAGCCUUUUAUAAAGAGUUGAAUACCUUCUCAAGCCAAGUUUCUCUUUUUAAUUGUAGUUCCUCAAAAAUAAUCUGAAUCAUUUUAAAGGAAAUUUCUACACUGUUUUUUUUUUACAUGCAAGUUCUGCAAUAACCCACGUGGCCAUUGUCCUCUCUGUUCAGUUCCUCUGUUGUCUGCCAGCACUCAAGCUCAUUUACUCAGAACAAUACAAACACAUUUCUUUUGGUUCCUGGGCUGAGUUACCUCACAAGUGUCGAAAAGUCAGCUUAGAAACCAACAUUUUGUAAACCCUCAGGUGCGAUAGAGUCCAGUGAAAAACACAUAGAACAGAAGGAGCAGCAUUGUUUUCGGUGUAGUAAUGAUGAUGUAAGAGCGUUCACCAGCCACAGUGUUGGGUAGCUCUUCCAAGGAAAAGGUAGCAGACAAAUACUGCACCCCUCCUCUGUUUCUAAUGAAAACAUGAUAUGCAUGCUCUCCAAACUCUUCACACUGCUGUUGUGGUGCUGAAAAAGUGAAGGGUGUUCUUUGAAUUUUUGGAGUCUGUCUUUUUCUGUGUGGAGAAUCAACAAAUCAGUGGCUUGGUAGAAAAUACAUUUAUUUAGACAGUUCAGAUCCUUUGCCCCAAUAACUUGCAUGCCCAAGAAGAUGCGCUGUGCAUUAGAGAGCCUGUCAUCCUUAUACAACAAUAAUUUUGUCAAAGGCUCGUGUCUAUCUUGAAAAUAAUAAUUCUCCUUUACUUUACACAUAAAGUGAAAACAUGUUUCAAGAGAUGUGUUUGAGUAUCCCCCAGCCUCAUUAGUUAACUGUUCAUUUGCAGCACAGUACAUCAUCAUUAUUAUAUGUAUUUCAGAGGAAUAGCCUUUUCUACGGCUUGCCAUCUCUUAGUUUAUGUCAGUUGUGUGGAAAGCUUUUAUUUAACCACUAUGCUUUUACUGUGCUGCUGGUUUGUGCAGGUAUGAGUCUCCAGAGAUCGCUCUCAACUGCGGUAUCAUGUUGAGGGAGUGCAUCAGACACGAACCGCUCGCCAAGAUCACUCUGUGGUCGGAGCAGUUUUAUGAUUUCUUCAGAUACGUGGAGAUGUCCACGUUCGACAUCGCCUCAGACGCUUUUGCCACUUUCAAAGUAAGUCGCCUUGUUUUUUAAUAAUGCUUCAAAACAUCCUUUAUUUCUUUGAGACGAGGGCAAAUAAUCCCUUUGCUAAAGACGUCGAAGUAGGAAAUAAGCUAAAGAAGCCGUAUUUAAACUCCUCCUCCAAUGGUAACAUCAUCUAUAUUCUCUUUUAUUUUUGGCAAAUUCGAACCCGUCCUGUGGAUUAUUUCUGAUUUAAACAACAACAACAACGGACUUGUUUCUCAUCGUCUUCAUUUUCUGUUGUAGGACCUCCUCACAAGACACAAGCUACUGAGUGCAGAGUUUCUGGAGCAACAUUAUGACAGAGUAAGUCCAUAACCAACUAAAACCUGGGAUUAACAUGGACUGGAUUUAUCCAAGACAAACUAGAAAGUCAAGGCAGUAUGGUCCUUUAUAUAGGAGUUUAUUGGAGCUUAAAAUUGGUUGUGUUAAAAUUGGUUGGAGUUUUUGUAUUUUACUGGUAAUACAGAGCUCAUAAGUGUUCAGUAGACAAUAAAGAUCUUGUUUGAGCCAGAUAGUCAUUAUAUGAAUAUGAAUAACCAUCAAUCAGUCUUCAGUCUUUCUGUGCUGAGCUUCAGUCAAGCUUUCAACGCCUGUAAUGAACUUGUCAAAUUCUCUUUUUUCACCAUUUACAAAAAAAUGAUAUUGUGGAUGUCUGGGUGUUUUGCAUGCUGGCAGUCUUCUCAACUUCACCAAACCAAUCAUUUUUGACACCAUUUGUAGGCUGUGAAACAAAGCAGCUGACAGUCCGUGUGGGCAAAUCUCUCAUUUUCCUGUCAUUUUGUUUCUAUACAAAAUGCAGAUGCCUGUCAAAACCACCACUCGGCAGAUUUCUCUCCCCCACUUGCCUCCUGACUCUUUUUUUUUCCCUCUGUUGUUUUUCUGCAGUUCUUCAGCGACUAUGAGAAGUUACUCCACUCAGAAAACUACGUGACUAAAAGGCAGUCUCUCAAGGUAAGGGACCCGGCCGUGCCAGUAAACACGUCUCAAGUCUUUUCAGAGAGCUAUUUAAAGAUGGGGUCUCUUCCAAGUGUUGGAUUUCUCCUGUGGACUCUGCCUGUGUCACCUUGCUGUGACUGCCCUCUAUUGGUGAAAGCAUGUACAUGUUCAACACGUCUUCCUUCUAUGAUGCUUCUAUGAACGUUGUAGGCACAUUUUGUACUUCAUAUGUAGAGAAAAUAAGUCAUCCAUCUCUUGACAGUAACCAAAGUUGCAGCUGAAACCAAGAGUUCAGAUGUUAGAUUGAGAAAUCGUGCGAUGAGUCAGGGUAUUUAACACACAUUUGUGUUUGUCAUUGUGAUCUAGUUACUUGGGGAGUUGCUUCUUGACCGACACAAUUUCACCAUAAUGACGAAAUACAUCAGCAAGCCAGAAAAUCUGAAACUAAUGAUGAACCUGCUGAGGGACAAGAGCCGCAACAUCCAGUUUGAGGCUUUCCACGUUUUCAAGGUGCGAACUCAAACACAGCUUUGACUUCCACAUUAAAUGCUGUGUCUGUAACAUGCAGAAGUUAACAUUCUUGCUUACUCUCCACCACCGCCAGGUGUUUGUGGCCAACCCGAACAAGACACAGCCUAUCCUGGACAUCCUGCUGAAGAACCAGACCAAACUCAUCGAGUUUCUCAGCAAGUUUCAGAACGACAGAACGGAGGAUGAACAGUUCAACGAUGAAAAGACUUACCUGGUCAAACAGAUCCGGGACCUCAAGAGGCCUGCGCCCCAGGAGGCCUGAGGGAGGUUGCAAGGGCGGGAGGGUGGGGGAGCCACCAGGACCAUGUCUGGACAACAUCCAGACAAUGUCUGCUUAACGGACCCAUCAGCAGCUACUGUUCUGGUUUAUGAACAAAAAUUGAGGAAACAACAGAAAACCAAUGUACCCAUCUUCAACUUAUCAACUCAUCAGGAAGUCGCCAGCUCCUCUACUCCUCCGUGAACCUUUGAAUUUUUUUUAAAAGUCUUUUUUCCUUUAAAAGAAACAAGAAAAUAAUAGAUGCUGCUGCUUUCUUGCACAUUGAGACGUUAAAGAGACAACAGUCCAUCAAACAUCGCAACAGAAAAUGUCCAUCGGUUAAAAUGAGGCGGACUUCCUGACAAACACAAAAUAAAAAGUAAACAUGUUUACACACAUGUAUGUAUUACAUAAAAACAUGAAUCCACACAUACUGCAAGAAUUUCAGCUAACUCCUUCAGAUGGAAACGGUACGAGCAAGUUGAACAUUGGUGUGUUUUGUUGCAUGCCUUGAAGUGUGACAGAUCCAUGGCUGUGCCCAGUGUCGGCUUUGCGCUGAUCUGCCUCCAGCAGUCCGGCCCACAUGUUCAGUGCCACAGACUUGGAAAUGCACGUGCAUCUCGGCGACCGCUUCAGUUCCUACCUAUGCAUUCAUCCAGUGAAGUGACGGCGGUUCAUUUUAAUGAUUGUUCUCUCAGAUGCCAUCACGCCGAGCCUCCUGUGUGCUUUGUCAUGACACAGCACUUGAAGCACAUGAGGAAAGGAGGAAAGGAUGUAAGGUAUGAAUCUGGUGAAAGCCCCAGAGUCGGGUCUCUUUUUGUUUUUCCUUUUUUUGGGACAGGGUGAACAUGUACAUAUGCCUUUUUUUGCUUUGUAGAGUUUUGUUCAACCUUAACAUAUGAAUAUAUAUUAUAUAUAUAUAAAUAUUACCUUAAACAUCAAGUUUUUGGUUAAUUGUAAUCAAAUAACUUUCUAUACCUUACAAGAAACAAGCUAAGUGAUUUUGUUUUAUGCAUUGCAUUUUACUGCUGAAAUGGUUGCUGGUGGGUUUCUUUGUAAAUAACUUAGGGCAAGCUCAAGUUUAGCUAACCCAUAGGAUAUUAACAAUUUGUACAGCAGAAGUAUGUCAUGGUAUAACAACCCCGAUAAGAGUAGGAGGCUGUGCAAAAUGUUGAUAAAAACUUAUUCUGAUGGUUUGAAAAUCUUUUCAAACCUUGACUUGAUUGAAAAUGGUGCGAAGACAACAAAAUUUCAUUGUCUGAUGAGAAGUAAAUGUUUAUUUUCAAACUGAUCUAGGUAAUACAUUUCAAAAGUUAAGGAUUGGGUUGUGUUUACCAUUGUGUUGCAUCACCUCCUCUUUUAACAAUGCUCUGUAAGCGUUUGAGAACACCAGAGACCAGUUUUUGGAGUUUGGAAAAUGUCGUUUGGUCCCAUUUUUGCCUGAUAUAGGAUUUCAGCUCCGCAAUAAACCAGGGUCUUCUUUGUGUCAUCUCAGAUGUGUAAAGCUCCCCAUGCCGGGGGUACUUACAAUUCCCCACAUAAUCAGGCAUGCUGGCUUUUAGAUGAGCCAAGUGGUCCCUCUCUUCUCUUGCUAGAAGACUAGGUGUCCAUGAUAUCCAAAAAGAGUGUCAAAUUUAGAGAUGUACUUUAAGCACUUCAUCACGAAGUCGCCGGCAUGAGCAUCAGUUUCCACAUUGAAUCUGUUUCGAGCUUUAGAGAAUUUGCAGAUGAUCAAAAUCUAUUUUUAUCAAUGUUUUACACAGCGUCCUGAUUCUUACAGAAAUGGGAUUGUAGCUCUGGAUCUGUUAACUCUUCAUCCUUCGCUCAUCUAUUUUGAACGUGGGGGUGUGAGCAUUGGAGGAAGGGAGGGCGGAUGUUGGAAGAGCAUUAACUGAAACAUUAAAGCCUGUGUGUUUGUGCACUUUGUGAGGUUCUGAGUGAUCAGCUAACUGGAGUCGAGGGUAGCAGGGUUUACCAGCCCUCUUUGGUAUCAUUAACUCGUUUCGUUUCUCGUUUCCACCUCUCUGUGAGUGCUGUGCGGCUUCACAGUGAGUGUGCAUCAGGGCUGAACUCAUUAGGACUCAACCUGGAGUAUCAUUCUUCCUUUUCCCCUCUUUCUCCUCAUGUUUGAGCCUUUACCUUCAGAGGGAUUAUAAUUCCAGUACAAUUAUGAGCGUAAAGCAUUGUGGGUAGCAGAGGCAUAUUGGACUGUCCUAUUGGUGCUGAGCAAAACUGAUAAAACCACAGAUUUGUUCAUGAACAGCAAUCUCAGUGCAGAAAAUCUACAGGUCCUUCAUACACAUCGAACAUGCAUGUUCCUCCACUGGCUGUGCAUGAUGCUGUACUGAAGAUGUUGUACUGGAAUUGUUUCUUUUUUCCAAUAUUAAACAACACUGAAAUGUCAAAUUGAACUCAGCUGUAUGCCGACUGACUCCAGUUGCAGCAUGGAGCUUGUGGGUGCUUUCAGAAGUGUCAAAGGCCUGGGCCCUACAACUGAAAUAAAGAAAAACAAAAACAUUUGGAAUAAAAUGAA